AUGACGCUACCUGUCAAUAGAUUACUACUGCUACUGCUACUACCUAAGAGGCUAAUUUCCAAGAGUUCAAAAAUAUGUGGACUGAGGGAAUUGCCAAACCAGUCUCGAAAACAGUACGACUAUAACAGUUUCACAGCUCGAAAUAACAAUGGCAACUAUAAGAGAUCUUCAUCAUCAUCAUUGCAGCAGCAGCAGCAGCAACAGCAGCAACGCCAACAAAAAUAUCAACGUCAAUCUCGAAAUGGAUUUGAUCUUCAAAAAAUACUCGAAAAGGGUUCAGAAAAAGUACAAGAUGCUUUUAUAUCCGUUCUUUCUAAAAUUUCUCAAGCAUCACCUAAUUACCAAGUCGAAACAGUUACACCGUCGGGGUUGGUCAAGGUUCACUUACAGGAGAUUUUAAAAGAUUUGAAUUUAUCCAACGAAGGUAUCCAGCUUAUUCAACGGAAUUCAAGUAGCGACCGUGGAGGUCGCUCUUUGAUUCUCCCGCUCGUUAAAAAAUGUAAGACUGAAGAAAUGAUUAGAUCAUAUAAUGAAGAAUUAGCUCUGCGUAAAGAACUAGAGUUACUUAAUUUGGGAUCAAGAAAAACCAUCAAGAUGCUUGAUCAGAAACUAAAAGCCAAACAGAAACAAUCAAUGGAAAAGACAAUCUUCAUUACGUGGGGGAUAUCACUUCGUGAUUUGAAAUUGCAAAAGUUUAAUGAAUUAAAGACAAGAUUAUCUAAAGGUGAGAAGUUAAACUUGUAUAUAGUUUAUGAUAAAAGAAAAAUGAACCUCAAAGUGGAUGAAAUUUAUAAAGAUAAGGAAUCGUUGGAUUUGGAAAUGAAGAGGCGCGAGUUGGUCAAAUCAAGUGUUGAGCUGUUGUUGGAUGAAGAGGACUUGGACUGGAAAUGGAAUUGUGAAGGGUCAUUACGAACAAAAUUGGUCUACAACAUAUCUGCAGCUAACGUGCCAGAAAAGCAAAAGAACACACCAAAAGCAGUCAACACCUCAUCAGAGAAAAAGACAAACAAAAUAGAAAAUAAGUCGAGGAAGGAGAAAGUGAACGAAGAAGAUCUCGAUGCAUUGUACUCGAUUAAAAUAGAGGAUUAA